GAAAAUCACGCCUCUGUUUACCUUUUUCCAUUCAUUUUUUCAACAAGAAAAAUUCCUUUUUUUUUUUGUGUGCUAUUUUUCACACCCUACAUUGCCAAAAAAAAAGUCUUAAAUGUAUACAAUUCAAGAUGCAUUCCAAAUUGGUAGAAGCCAUAACAUGGCCUUUCAAGAGAAGGGCUUCCACUAUUAUCCUGUUUUAUGCCAUCCUCCUCAUUGCUGCCUUCAUCGGCACUCGGUACAUGAACGUCCCAUCUCUUGCAGCAACAAGAUUAAUCAGAAAAGCACUUCCAGGAUCCAAACAGAUCACUAUAACCAAACCCCACAUCUUGGAGAAAAAAGAUUUCCCCCUACAAUGCACCCCUGAGAUGAUCAAUACCACCCAAACAUGCCCUUCAAAUUACUACCCAACCACAUUCAACCCUACGGAUCUGUCUACCCGUAUGUGCCCCGAGUACUUCAAAUGGAUCCACGAAGAUCUUCAACCUUGGAGAGACAAUGGCAUCACUAGGGAAAUGGUUGAAGCGGCUAGAGAACACGCGUUUUUCAGACUAGUUGUGAUUGAUGGUAAAGUAUAUUGGGAAAAAUACAGAGAUGCUUAUCAAACAAGAGAUGUUUUUACCAUUUGGGGGAUAUUACAGCUUUUAAGACUGUAUCCAGGGAAGCUUCCGGACUUGGAUAUCAUGUUUGAAGCAGGAGAUGUCCCAGUUGUUCUUAAAAGUAACUAUACUGGACAUGAAUCGAAUGCUCCUCCUUUGUUUCAUUAUUGUGGAGAUGAUGAUACUCUGGAUAUUGUGUUUCCUGACUGGUCUUUUUGGGGCUGGCCAGAGAUUAAUAUAAAGGGGUGGGAAGGGUUGAAGAAGGAUUUAGCAGAAGGGAACAAUAGAGUUCCAUGGAUGAAUAGGUUACCCUUUGCCUUCUGGAAAGGGAAUGCUGAUAUGGGUGACAGAAUUAAGCUCCUUCAAUGCAAUUCUACAGACCAAUGGAAAACUCAGAUUGCUACUCAGGAUUGGGACCAAGAAACUAAACUUGGGUUCAAGUCAUCAAAUUUAGCUGACCAAUGUGUCCACAGGUACAAGAUUUAUAUAGAAGGAAUUGCGUGGUCUGUGAGUGAGAAAUAUAUUCUAGCAUGUAAUUCUCUAGCCCUGCUUGUAACACCAAAGUGGUACGAGUUCUUUACAAGAAGCUUAAUACCCAUGAAGCAUUUUUGGCCUAUUAAUCCUGAUCCUGACAACUUGUGCAAGUCCUUGAAGUUUGCUGUUAAUUGGGGUAACAAGCAUACAGAAAAGGCACAAAAGAUUGGAAGAGCGGGAAGCAAAUUCGUCCAAGAACAAUUAACCAUGGAUAAUGUGUAUGACUACAUGUUUCAUUUGCUGAAUGAGUACGCGAAACUUUUGAAGUAUAAACCAACUGUGCCUCCAGGAGCGAAUGAAACGUGCUCGGAGGGAAUGGCUUGCUUUCAAGAAGGACUGCAAAGGCAGUUUAGGCUAGACAAUAUGGUUAAAGGUCCUUCUAAUAAAAACCCAUGUGAUUUACAACCUCCUCAAGAACCUCAACUUAUCAAGACUUUCCUAGAUAAACAAGAUAGUGUAAGGAGGCGCGUGGAUGGUUGGGUGGCGAAGGGGAGUGCUACCGGAGAUUAAGACGUUAUGAAGAAAUAGAAAGAAUUAAAUUGGUACGGAGGAGGAGGUGGUGGUGGUGGUGGUGGUGGUGGGAGUUCAAUGAAAAAGGCACCAAUAUACGGUACAGCCGUCGCAAAUGCCGCCUCCUAGAAGGAUUUGAUUAAUUAACGGGCAGGCUUUUAGGGUUCAACUUUGCAGGGUAGAUCAACCUAAGCUCUAAAUGUUGUUAGCAACAGAGAAACUGGUAUAAGAGAAAAAGAAACUUGAUGGGAUCAUGGUUACAUUUCAAAUGAAAAAAAAAUCAAAAAAAAUUAAAGGCCUUGACUCUCACACAUUCAUACAAUUAUGUUGUACAAUAUACCAUUUUUUUUUAUUGGUGACUAUUUGUUGAAUGUACAAUUUUAAUUGAUUAU